AUGCUUCGUUACAUUAUUCUUUGGUUAUUUAUAAUGACAAUGAUAAAAUUAACAAUAACAUUUUACGAUGAUUUACAACAACAAUCAAUCGAUAGUACUUCAUUAGCACUACCAUUUGAUGAUGACGACUUAAAUAAAGAUAAAAAACAAGAUUCCUUCAAUUUAACAAUGAAUGAAAGUCAAUAUGUCAAUGCAACAGCUACUAAUCGAACAGUCAUAGAAUAUUAUCGUGAAUAUGUUCAAAGAAAAAAUCAAGAACAAUUUAUGCGUAAUAAACACUUAUUUUCAUUAACAACAACACGAUAUAUUUUAUUGGUGCAAGUGCAUACACGAGUUGUUUAUUUAAAGAAAUUUAUUGAAAUGUUAAAAGAUGUUCAAGCAAUUAAUCAAACAUUACUUAUAUUUAGUCAUGACUUUAUUGACGCCGAGAUAAAUGUGCUUGUAACAAAUAUUAAGUUUGUUCCGGUGAUUCAAAUUUUUUAUCCAUUUUCCCAACAACUUUAUCCUGAUGAAUUCCCUGGUCUUGAUCCAAAUGAUUGCCCACGUGAUAUCGCUAAGCAUAGACGUUCAAAGAUACUCGCUGAACGCCAAAGAGCUUUGUCCAGUCGAUGUAAAAACGCACCAUAUCCAGAUAAAUACGGGCAUUAUAGAGAAGUUUCUAUUGUACAAAUAAAACAUCAUUGGUGGUGGAAAUUGAACUAUGUCUUUAAUUCAAUCCAAGUGCUACAAAAUCGUUCCGAUCUUCUAGUACUUUUACUUGAAGAAGAUUUUUAUUUAUCACCUGAUGCACUAUUUUUUCUGAAAAAAAUGGAAAAUGAAAAAGAACGAAUUUGCCCUGAAUGUCUAAUAUACACUUUGGGCAAUCUAGAAAAAUCUGGUCGACAAUUCAAUAAUAUUGGAUCUAAAGUUUCUAUUGCAUAUUGGCAUGCCAGAUAUAAUUUGGGCAUGACAAUUACCUAUUCGUUUUGGUGCUCCAUAGUAAAACAUGCUGAAGCGUUCUGUAAUGUCGACGAUUACAAUUGGGAUUGGUCCCUUGUCUAUUUAGCACAAAAACAUUUCAAUUAUCCUCGUGUUAUUUGGUCAACUUCUGCUCGAGUUAUUCAUCUUGGUUCAUGUGGUAUACAUCAUAAAAAAACUUGCUCAAAUCAAUCGGAUAUAGCUCGAUGGGAUGAAACUAAAAAAUUUUAUGAAACUAAUCAACAGUAUUUAUUUCCAAAAAAACCUCUUACCAUACAUGCUAAAUAUGAAGCAAAACGUCCACUUAAACAAAUCAAUGGCGGAUGGUCGGAUGUUCGAGAUCGACAAUUAUGUCUGUCAUUUGCAUUAAAAAAUACAAAAGAUAUAUCACAAAUAAAUAUAAAAGAUUAA